AUGGAAAAAAAGACUCUGAACGAAGACUUCGAGCGCGGAAUUCGCGAGGCGAAAAACAAUUGGAGUCAAGUAGGGCGGAGUCUUGACAUGUUAAUAAAAUCUGAAUCUUCGAAGACUCCUAAAAUCCAGGCUAUGAUUCGAAGACUGCAAUUCUUAACUCGAAAACAAGCAAACAUGAGCGACAUUGAAUAUCACUGGGAUUCAAUGAUGCGUCUUGAUGACUCAAAAAAAUCGCCCCACGUGGUCAAACAAUUGACGAUCGCGCUAUCUGAUUGCGCCAUUGUUGAUAAUGUUACGCCUACGCACAAUGCGAUUACUCCUGAUGAAUCAGCGGCUAGCGAUGCCAUCCCCGAAAAGCGAAAACGAUGCCCACCUACCCGCUUGAUCAAUGGCACGAGAAAAAUAAAACAAAUGUCACCGCAGUGUGAUCAUUGCGGGCAUAUCGCUGACGAUUCUCACCGUCUAUUGGAGCACCUCGACCUUUAUAAAAACUGCCUCGAUUACUAUGCGUCUAAAAGAAUGCAUUGCUUGAUUUGCGAUAAAUCUUUCAAGCAGCUACGAAGACAUCUUCUGGACACUAUCAAGCGUGGAAAUAAAGAUGAAACGCAGAAUCAAAUUCUACACGAGAAAUACGCCACUCUUCUGAAAAAGCAUGAGAAGCCAACGAAAAAGAGAGUCGCAGCGAAGUUAGUCAUCCCGCCCACGAUUACUAAUAAACGAUCUUCUCUCGUCACCCAGAUUCCGAUUAUCAAGUCCGAACCAUUCAUCGAGGAUUUUAUCGAAGAAAUUAAUUCCGGCGAUGAAGAUGUCACGCACUUUCAAGAUCUCCUCGAAGAAGAAAAAGAAAACGAGUCCAAUAUCGAGGCUGCUGCAGGGCCUGUUAAUGAUGAUCACACUUCUUCAGACGACGAUCCAGUCAUAGAAAAGAUUGAAUCAAUGCCAUCGAACUCCCAGAUAUACGAAGAUGAUGAUAUGAGCCUUACGAUCAAAGUCGAUCCGGAUCAUCAAGAAACCUUGCUUCCUAAUCACAACAAGCCCAAACUUAUUGCUCACAAGACCAACGCAAAAAAAAUCUCAGCUGAUCUUGGUCUUAACUAUGGAACUUUGCGGCAGUCUUCGUUUAUUCCACCACAUCCAAAACGACGAGUUGUUCCUGUUCGAGAGCGGCAAAACAAGAUCAACUAUGGCGCCCAGUCGCUUAAUAUUGCUCCUACUCCGCUAAUCGCCAUUCCUAUCUCAUCGAGCACAAGCGCACCAAUCCCGCAACAGAUCCAACUCAACGGACAAAACGUGAAUGUUAUCCAGCUCCCAUCCAAUGUCACAACUGUACCCGCGGCCUCUCUCUCUAGUGCCAUGCAAACAUCAAAUGGACUUCAGCAACCUACACUCAUCUCUAUUGCCGGGCAAAAUGGUCCGAUGACUCUCAACGGAAACGUCCAAGUAAUCAACGUCCCACCUAACCAGUCGAAGACAAUGUCAGAACUUGUCCGACUUUUUCCCUGA